CGGCGGCGCGAGGGAGCGGCGAGCGGAGACGGGGUGCGGGCGCGGCGCGUUACGGCCCGGCAGAGGCGGCGGCGGCGCGGCUCCCCUCCCCUCCCCUCCCCGGCCGGCCGGCCGCCCCCCUCCAUGGAGUUCAAGCUGGAGGCGCACCGCAUCGUCAGCAUCUCGCUGGGCAAGAUCUACAGCGCGCGGGGCCAGCGCGGCGGCCUCAAGCUCCACAAGAACCUCCUGGUGUCGCUGGUGCUGCGCAGCGCGCGGCAGGUCUACCUGAGCGAGCCCUGCUGCCCGCCCGAGCCGCCCGCCGCCCCCCGCGCGCUGCCCGAGGAGCCGCCGCCGCCCUGCGCCGCCGCCGCCGCGUGGGCGCCCGGCGAGCCGCCGCCGCCGCCGGACGAGGCGCCUAGGGGCGGCCCGCGGCGGCCCGGCGCGGACUGCGAGAGCGCCCGGGCGCGGCGCUGCUGCUGCUGCGGCUGCUGCUGCUGCGAGGCGGGCGGGGGAGGCGCGGCGCCGCCGCUGCCCUGCUGCUCCCGGAAGCGCGGCGCCGGCGAGCGGGGCCAGGCGGGCUCGCCGGUGAAGAAGCCCCGCCGCGAGGCGGAGGAGCCGCCGCCCCCGCCGCCGGGCGAGCAGGAGGACAUGGAGACGGGCAACGUGGCCAACCUCAUCAGCAUCUUCGGCUCCAGCUUCUCGGGACUGCUCGGCAAGGACCCCCCGGGCCGGCGGCGGGCGCCCCGCGACGGCGGGGAGGCGGCGGCGGCGGCGCCCGCCGAGGCGGCGGCCGAGCCGGGGCAGAUCUGCUGCGACGAGCCGGUGCUGCGGACCCUCAACCCCUGGAGCACGGCCAUCGUGGCCUUCUGACGCGCCGGUAGCGGAGACUCACCCCCUCCCCGCCCGCCGGUAGCGGAGACUCACCCCCUCCCCGCCCGCCCCCGCGGCGACCGGACGGGCGGCCGGACGCAGAGGUGACCCGCGGCGCCGGGCUGCGCGGGCCGCGGCGCCGGGCGGCCCCGCGCCCUGCCGCGCCGCACGGGAAGGGCCGCGGGCAGCAGCGCUUCCCCGCCGCCGCCCUGGGAGCGCCCCGUCCCCGCCGGAAUUCCCCUUCCAGGCCGGGCCGCCGCCCUGCCGGGCCGCCGGGAGCGCCGCCGCCGGCUCGCGUUUUAAGCUUGGAAAGUAUUAAGUUUAUUAAAUAAAGUCUCUAUUUUGGAAAGGUUUAGGUCAGAACUCUUACAUGGUGCUUUUUAAAAGUGUUUAUUGAGAGAAACAAAGUUUACAGACGCUCUGACGGAAAGUCCUUGAGCCUGUUUGUUAGGCUUGGUAACUCCCGGUCUUUGUUGUAUAAAGGCUUGGGGCUCCCGUGGGGAUUUUGUACAGUAUUCUCCUCCAGUGAUGUAUCUCGUUUUGUAUAAAAUGUAACGCUACGUGUCCAACACGUAUUAAAUAUUUUCAACUGUAUAA